AUGGCUACGUUAGAAGUUGUUUUUUUGAAAAACUCAAGGUCUUAUUAAUUCUUAAUAUUUAUUAGGUAUAGAAAAUGAUAAAAAUUGUCGUAUUAACUUAGAGAAAAAAAUAGCAAAUGACUCAUUUUCAUACCAAUUACACUGAAUGGGGAACCCAUGAUGAUUCAUAAUUUUCUCUUCAAAAACAGGUUUAUUUCGUUUUUUUUUUUUCGUUUUGUCGUUUUCCUGCAAAAUUGAGAAUCGUGAUCAAAGUAAGCGGAAACGAGUGUUCAACGGCGAUCUGAAGAAACGCUAGAGAAAGAGAGUGCUUUCAUUUCUCUGGCUUCUCUUCAAGAUGACCAAUCUCUCGCUGAUUCUAAGUUUGUGCAAAAAAAAAAUGGGGGAACGAAGGAUAAGGAGCGGUCUCAAGAGAAGCCAGACAGCUAAAGAUGCUCUGACUUCUCUUCAGUCCCUUGAUCUCUCGCUCACAGUUUUUAAUUUUUUUUUCAUCAUUAUCAAUAUCAUCAAUAUUUAUUGGUUGUUUUAGUCUGAUGGAAUCUUCCAAAUCAUAUAGUUUAAUUUUUUUUUUACAUUUUAUGCACAGUACCUUCAAUUUUUCGUCUUUUUUUCGCAGCUUGUCAUCUUCCACUUUUUGGUUCAAAUUUUUGAAAAUUUCCUUCCCACCAUCUCCAUCAUUCUACCAUCCGUUCCACGGUUAAGGAACCAUUAAUACCAUUCGAAAACCAGGAAAAGUUCCCAGGAUCAGCCAACAGCCCAGAAGAAAGGUCUUUAUUUAUUCAUGGAAAAGGGCCGCCGCCAUUUUCGCACACUUUCGGCCACUCGGCCGGCGCCAACCAAUUUUUCAAACGCAAAUACUUUUACCGUCUUGUGUUUGCAUUGAAAUGUUAGCCCAAAUUGCCUCGUGUUCCUGACUUCUGCGCAACUUAUUUCUCCAAUUGGAUAUUCUUCGUUUUGUUGAAGUGCAACUGGUCAUAAUCUCUGCAAAAAUCCUUGCUGGACUGUUUGAAGACGCAGCAGUUUCGCAUGGCCUUCGGCUCAAAACGUUUGUAGUAAUUGUCCAUGUUCCUUUGAAAAAUCAAAUUCGCUCUAUAAAGCUUGAAUUUCAACUUUAUGAAACUCUAAUAAAUGUCAAAUGUAUCGCUCCUAUUAUUUUCAACGGCCGUGAGCGUAAACCGUUUUGUGGUCUGCUGCAAGUUCACAGCAACUCCGCCGCUUUUGAGUCAUUUUUGUGUGACCAACGUCUCUCAAAUCUACAGCCCCAUGACUUUCUAACUUCUUUCGCCAUUGUAAUGCUUCUAGUUUUCACAAAAUCUCAAUAAACCCUGUAUAAACUUUUGGGACUAUCUCUCAAGGCGACAUUUUGAGACCUAAAAGUGAACCAGAAUUAGUUCGAAAUAACUCUGAGACUGAUACGGACGUUUUCUGGGCAUUUCAAGUGAGCAAAUUAGAAGCGUCAGCAUUCUAAAGGGAUCCCUCGAAUUGCCCAGACGUCCGUUUCACGUCACCAAUGCGCGAGUCAUAAAAAAGCUUCAUUCUGUUUUGACCUCUGUCUCUAUACAGAAACUACUCAGACCUCCGUGCUCAAUAGAAGGUCAUUCCUCCUUAACCAAACCAUUUUGAAGGCGUUACCGGAGAGCAACAACAGCUAGCAAGCCUAGCAGGUCGAAGCUUUUUCCAGUACAUCAAUUCCCCAGACCCCUUAGAUUCCCUCAGCCAAGUCAAAGUAUUUUCUUCUGAACCCCAACCUUGUGAAGGCGUUACCUCGGGUCAGCUAAAAACCAUUCCUACCUCAAGAACUUUAUCCAGUACAUCAAGUUCCCAGACCCCUUAGAUUCCCUCAGCCAAGGCAAUUUCUGGAUCCGAACCGAGGUGGAGGCGUUUCCUGAGGUCAUCGAGGGCAGUGUUGGUUUUAUGCACAAAAAGAUGGAGAGACAGAGCGCAAGAAGAGAGAGUCGAAGGGGGGCGUCGUCUGCCGUCGGAGCCGACGCCGUUGGAUGUAAAGUUGGCAGGGCGAGAACAGCUGCCAGCUCUGAGCAGCAGCAAGAUGCUCCUCGUCGCACACCUCUCAGGCACUAUUACUUUUGGACGCUGCCGUUUGUUGCUCGAGGAUCGACCAACGCCCACGCCCUUUUUUCCUUUGGGUAUUGA